AAGGAAGGAGAGAAGUGGUGGUCGUGGUAGGCCCGCGAGGGUCCAUCCGGCCCAGCAGCCUUGGCUAACCCUACCCACUACCCACCACCUACCUACCCUACCUACCCCAGUCUCCAGCCCUACAGACCGACGACUUCCUGUCUCCUCCUCCCGGCGGCCACCUCCGUCCAUCGCUCUCCCCCCCUCUCUCCGCCGCCGCCGCCGGGCCUCUGAAUCCCCUUGCUCCUCCUUCCGAGGAGGCAGCACAUCAGCAUCAGCGGCGUGAUCUGAUCCGGUCUGCUAGACUGAUCGCUCAUUCACUCCAUUGAUGACGCUCUCUGCUUCCCCGCACUCCCCGCCGCCGUCCACCUCCCGCCCCCCGCUCCUCUCCUGGCCCAGCUAGCCAGCCGGCGCGAGCGAGCCCUCCAUCCACCACCGUCCAGCUAGCCAGGCUCCUCCGAGGCCGGCAAUGGCGGCGCCCAGGCCCAAGUCCCCGCUCGACCCCUGCGGCCGCCGCCGGCUGCAGCUCGCCGUCGACGCGCUCCACCGCCAGAUCAGCUUCCUCGAGGGGGAGAUCAGUUCCAUUGAAGGGCUCCAUGCUGCCUCCAUAUGCUGCAAAGAGGUCGAUGAGUUCAUAGGAAAGAAUGCCGAUCCAUUCAUAACGAUUUCAUCUGAGAAGGGGAACGCCGAUCAAUCUCAUCGCUCCCCAAAGAAGAUUCGAACCCGGUGGGCGUGUUUGAGCUGCUUCCCGUGGAUCUGCGGCGGCGGGUGCUCUGCCGUCCAGCUCAAGGGGCCGAGCUGCUGCUGCGGAUGCCCCCGCUGCUGCGCGGGGAGCGGGGGCUGCGGCGGCGGCGGGCCCUCGUGUGGCUGCUCGUGCUCCUGCGCCGGCUGCUCCUCCUCUUGCGCGUGCCCUGCCUGUGCCGGCUGCGGCCCCGCGUGCUGCGGCGGUGUCCCUCGCCCUCGCUGCUGCCUGUGUUCAUGAGGCGCCGUAUUGAGAUUUUUCUUCUUCUUCUUCGUUCUUGCUGUGUGCGUUGUGCGUUGCCUGUAGGCUCAGGCUCGGCUGGUGUUUUUGACGGGCAUGACGAUGAUGAUGUAUUUCUGGCUCAGUUGGCGCUGUGGAUUUGCCUGGUUUUACUUGCCGCAGAGAA